CUUUCUCCGUUCUUUCCUCUUUUUUUUUCUAUUUCGGAAAACCUCUGAGUUGAAUCUCAGAGAGAAACUGAGAGAUUGCUUGAUUCAUGGCCGCACCUGAAGCUCCUCUCUGCUAUGUUGGUGUUUCUAGAAGCUCCGCCGCUUUCCGCCUCAUGAAAACAAUGGGAUGGGAAGAAGGUGAAGGACUUGGGAAAGAUAAACAAGGAAUUAAAGGUCAUGUUCGAGUGAAAAACAAGCAGGAUACUUCAGGUGUUGGUUUGGACCAAGUGAAAAACAAUUGGGCAUUUGAUACUACGCAAUUUGAUAAUAUUCUUAAAAGAUUGAAAGUGCAAGCAGCAGUUCAUGCUGAGGAUGAUGAUGAUGAUGAUGAUAAAGAAGACAAGAAAGUUUCUUUGGUUGAUGCCGAGAAAGUUGAAGCUAAAGAAGUCAUCAAGGAGAGUGUUGUUAAGAGUACUCGUCCACAGGGCAGAUACCAGAAGAGGGAAAGAGGGAAGCGUGUAAACGGAUAUUCUUUGAAAGAUCUCGAGGGAAUUCUUGUCAAAAAAACCAAGGAGGAGGAUGUACAACUAGAUGAAGCAUCGGAAAUGGGGACAAAAGCGACAGAUGAGUCUAAUAGCUGCCAAGAUGAAGACAAGCCAAACAAUGUGCCAGUAAAUUGGUGGGGCAUUAAAUAUGGAUUUGUCUCUGGCGGACUUCUUGGAGCAACUUCUAAACCAAAGAAGAAAUCUAAACGAAGUUCUGAGGAGACACCCGAAUCAGGCAAAAGGGCUGCAUUUCAUGAACAAGAUCAAGAAGAUCUAUAUAAUCUUUGUCAGGAUAAAGCUACAACUGGAAAGCAAGGUCUGGGAGCUAAGGGUAAGUCCAAGAAAAUUGCUGGUGCUGAUUGGAAGGGAAAGAAGACAUCAUUUAGUGACAGUGAAGACGGUACUGAAGACGAUGAUGGUGAAGACAGCAAUGAAGAGGACGAUGAAUCCGAGGAUUCUGCUGAACCUUGUCCUCCAGUAAAACAAAAUCUCAGCGAGGUUGUCAUAACAGAAAAGAGUGACGAGGAGAAAGUUAACUUGAAAAAAUUGUGCAAAAAGCUACUUCGUCAGGCCCCUGGCAAGUCAAUGAAGCUGAAAGAUCUUAGAUCACUCAUUGAGACCCAAUCACCAUCCGUCUUUUCAGAAUUUUCUUCGAAGCGCGACGCUCUCUCAUACUUGAAACAGAAGCUUCUAGCCAGCAAGCAGUUUCAUCUGGACGGGAAGAAAGUGAGUCUCCCUCAAUGAAUGGAGACCAGAGAUUUUGUAGCAACAUUCCAAGCUAGUAUACUAAUAUCAUAAUAUUGAGUGGUAAAAAAGGGGUUGUCAGAAUUGAUUUUUACAUUCUAGUAACACUAGAAGGUUAUUUGAGUUUCUAUAUAACCAACAUCGAAUCCAACAUGUUUUUUGCAUUCGCAAGAGAUAUUGGCUACUAAGUUGCAUAGGAAAUUUUGUAAGUAUACAUAAUCCAAACCAAAAAGAUUUAGCUUAAUUACAAACACACUAUUAGAGAAUUAAUAGAGGAUAUUGAUAUUUGUUUA